UUCUUUUUAGAACAUGUGGGGAUUAUGAACAGGAGAAUCAUGAAUGAAUUGACGUCGGGCCCUAGAAAAUUAAUUUGGAAAUCAAAUAGUGACAGUAACAAGACGCAUGUCGAAACGACUCAGUGUAUUACAGUUAGGGAAAAAUAUCUUAAAAUAUGGAAAGAAUUGUGAACAUUAUGUUACGUUUUAAAAACCACAAGAACAAAGGCAAUAAAUGACGAUGUAAUCAUCAUUAUUAUAGUCAUCGCUAUAGUUGAAAUCACAUGGAGGCUCAGUGCUUCUCACAUGACAAGCAGCACUAUGGACGGUGAGAUCAAUGAAGGGUCUGUGCCGCCCUAUUACAGAGAGGUAUAUGAGGCUUUGUGCAGCAAGAAGGAUGAGAAGAUCCAGGCCCAGGUCUUCCAGAGGUUACUCAGAAAGGCAGAGCUUCCGGUUGCUGUGCAGAACCAGAUCAGCGAGCAGGUGGAUUGUGGAGACGGAUCCCUGUCCAAACUGUCGCUGUACAGAGGUCUGGCACUGAUCGCCUUCGCCCAGCAGGGAAAGCAGCCCACUCCCAAACUGCUGGAGAACUGCAUCCAAGGGUUUCCCAAGCCUCAGCUGGGUGAGCCGAGUGACCUGCAGGCCCUGAAGAUGCAGCGGGCUCUGGAGGACCCCCUGACAGUGCGGCAAACACUGGAGCAGCUGCUGAAACGAGACGCCGUAACGGUGGAGCUCAUUCCUGAGAAGAAGGGCCUCUUCCUCAAGCACGUGGAGUACCAGAUGACCAGCGAGAGAUUCAAGAUGUCGGUCUACCGCAGAUACAGUGAUUUUGAUGUUUUCCAUGAGCUUCUGCUGCAGAGGUUCGCGUACAGAAUGGUGCCGGCCCUCCCCCCCAAACGGAUGCUGAAGGGAGUCCUGACGUCAACAUCAGAGAGGGAAUUCAUCGAGGGCCGGAGACGGGCCCUGGGGCGUUUCAUCAACCUGGUGGCCCGACACCCCCUCUUUUCUGAGGAUGAGCUGUUGAAAACUUUCCUGACCUUCAGUGGCUCGGACGUGCAGAACAAACUGAGAGAGAUCUUCCGGAGGACCGGAGAUGAGUUUAUGUCGUGCAGCUCUGCCACACAGGCCAAGGAGCACCUGCCUGUGGACAUCCAGGCCCAAUUUGCAGCCAGCAAGGAGCUGAUCAGGAACAUCUCCAACAGCUUCCACAAGAUCCGGGACAAGGCGGAGAAGAUGGCGGAACGCUCCAAGGAGAACGCGGUGGAUCUGCUAGCUUUCGGCAGGGAGCUCAGCGCGCUGGGCUCGGAUACGUCGGCCCUCCCCGCCCUGGCCUCUCCCAGCUCCACCUGGGCCCCCGUCCGGCAGUCCCUGAAGGUCCUGUCUGUGGAAUUUGCCUUGUUGUCAGACAAAGCGGCUCAGCAGGGAAGAAGAGAAGAGGACGAUGUCGUGGAAAAACUUAAUCUUUUCUUGGACUUGUUGCAGUCAUACAAAGACCUGUGUGAGCGGCAUGAGAGGGGGGUUCUCCACGAGCACCAGCGUGCCCUGCAGAAGUAUAGCGUGAUGAAGAGGCAGGCCAUGACUGCCGCCGCCCAGCCCAAGGAGCAGGUGUCCGUCGAGCAGCUGGAGUCUCGCAUCGUGCAGCAGGAGAACGCCAUCCAGACCAUGGAGCUCCGCAACUACUUCUCCCUGUUCUGCCUGCACCAGGAGACACAGCUGGUCUUCACGUACCUGCCCAUGACAUCUCACAUCCUGGGCUCCUUCGUCACCUCCCAGAUUCAGGGCCACCACGAGAUGGGUGAGGUCUGGAACGAUCUUCGCCCAAAGCUGAGUUGUCUCUUCGGGAACAACAACAGCAUUCCUUCUUCCCCCCUCAGCCCCCAACAGGGGACGCUGAAGAUGCCCCUGGCCACCUAGUGACAGCAACUGGGAAAUGCAGCCUCAUGCAGAAACACGACGUAAUCAUAUUUACACAGUACAGGAAGGGGAGGGUGACGGACAUUCUGAGUGUUACAUGCAUAGUGUCAGAGUUGAGAGGAAAACAGGCACUAUGCACUGCUGACUGUCACCUCUGAAGGAGAACAAUUAUGCAAAUCUAUACAAAUAAUUCAACAGUAGAAUUUAAGAGCAAAAUGUAUUGUUUAUAGAAGUGCUUAUUUUUGAAAAGAGUUAUUUUGAUUACUGAAUGUAUCAGGGACUGGUGCCAAACUGGAGGUGUACUUCUGGUAGAUGGGGGAUGAACUUGUCAUAUGAUUAUUUUUUUUUAAUUUUUUUUACAUUAUAUUGUAGAUGCGUCAAAGGGGCAUGGUCACAUGACUGUUGGCCAAUGAACCUCUACUCACAGGACAGGGGGAAUGUUCCUGGAUUGAGAAAGGGAUUUUGGAAGAUUCUAGGCCAGAUUUUUCUGAUAGUUAAAGUAAUGUUAGAUGUAUUCUUACCCUAGAAACACUCAAUUUAACACACACUAUAAAAUGGACCGAUUGUUUUGGUAACAUUGUUUUGUAAGUUCAUUUGAAACCUUUAUUGUCUGACUUUGUUGGUCAGCGUUAAAGCCUGUCAGCAUCUGCUUUACGUUGUUUUGAAACACUACUUAAACAUUUUCUUUGCAAUUUGAUUCGCGUAGCAGUUUCCUCUUGCAGACCGAAAAUCUGCUUUUCUGUGUGUAGCCUGGGCCAAAUCGUUUUCAGUUCAGGCACAAAAUACAGGUUCUUCUCCACAGACAGAGUGAUGCUGCUGUUGUCGGCACAGAUUAUUGUAUGUUUUGAUUUGCGCAUUCACCAGGCGGGGGAGGUCAGCCUUGAGUAUAACGGCGUGGUUUUAGGUGAGCUAACGUGACCGCAGAUGCUUAGACUCCAGCGUAAUGGGACAGAGUAUCACUGACGCUGCAUGAAAGCCAGGGAAGUUUUCUUCUGUGACUGUUGAAGUACGUAUCUGGUUUAGCUUAAGAUCUGCGAAAUGUGGCUGUUUGCACAGUUUUUUGAUUUUGGAAGUUUUUUUUUGAUAACAUGCAAAUAGCUUGUGUGCAUUGUGAAGUGCUCUAGCCCUCAGCCUGCUGAAUUUCUAUCCUGACUUCAAGAUGAAGGUUUCUAGCCCUCAGCUUGCUGAAUUUCUAUCCUGAUUUCAAGAUGAAGGUUUCUAGCCCUCAGCUUGCUGAAUUUCUAUCCUGAUUUCAAGCUAAAAUUUUCUAGCCCUCAGCUUGCUGAAUUUCUAUCCUGAUUUCAAGCUAAAGGUUUCUAGCCCUCAGCUUGCUGAAUUUCUAUCCUGAUUUCAAGCUAAAGGUUUCUAGCCCUCAGCUUGCUGAAUUUCUAUCCUGAUUUCAAGCUAAAGGUUUCUAGCCUUCAGCUUGCUGAAUUUCUAUCCUGAUUUCAAGCUAAAGGUUUCUAGCCCUCAGCUUGCUGAAUUCGUCAUACUUGCUUUUUUUUUUUUAAGUAAAUGCACUUUGGACAAUAAGUGACCUUGUAGACAAGGUCUGGCAAUAAUUGUCGGUGACAUCAUUGUAAGACAUUCUAAUUUUAGGGAUUUCUAUAUUCUUGCCUAGUGAUGUCACUGAUAUAUAUAUAUAUUAUAUACACACGAACACACACACACACACCAUAGUAGCCAAUAAAUAGCCAAAUCAGCAAGUGUCUGAACCAUAGACCUGCAUUUGCAAGUUCAAGGUUUGCUGUCCUGGUAGCAUAUUGUCGUCACCUCGGAAAUACGAAUGCGUCUACAAGCGUGUGCUGUUCUCAGUUCCUACUGGUUGUAGGCAAGAAAAAAAAUACUAGUCUCAGGAUAAGUUUCUGCUCUCCAUUUAAAGGUAACCAUGACGCUCACAGCACCUGCCAAUCAUUUAUACAUGAGCUACAUGCAGUUACAGAGCUAUACAGGAAACUGGAGGCAGCUUCAUAAUUACAUUCUUCUAGUAUUUGUCGCUCAAAAAUAUCUUUGUAAUCAUGACUGUUAAUAAAAUGGAGAAACUUAGCAAGAAAAGCAAACUACAGAUUUUCUGAUUUUGUUUGCCAGUAUUAACAAGUGUCUACUGUUUCAUGACACUUAACCUUCUCAUUUGUAAUUAGAAACGAAAAAAUAAAAUUUUCACUUCAGUCUU